CUGACCAGUAAGCUUCAUUUCCCGCGUCCGCAUUCCAGCUAUAUUCUUUUCUUCUUCCUCUUCUUCCUUUCACAAAGACUCCUUCAAACACAUAACGCAACAACUAUUAACUAACAAAACCCACCUCAGCACUCAACCACUCAUUCUUUCUUUCAUUCACUCAUUCUCCACCGCCAUGCGCCUCCUCUACCCCCUCCUCCUCUUACCUCUCCUCUUCACCCUUUCCUUCUCUCAAACAUUCCCCAAAGGUUACUCCCUUAACUGCGGCGCGCUCUCGGGGACCAAAAUCGAUGGCCGUGAAUGGAUUUCCGAUUCGGCUUAUAUCUCAACGGGCACACCAAAGAACGUAACGCCCUCUGUUUUGCAUCCCACUCUUGCAACCGUCAGGUCCUUCAAUUAUCAGGUGAAGAAGCACUGCUACAGUGUUCCCGUGUAUCGCGGUGCAAAAUACUUGCUACGGUCUACGUUCUUCUACGGCGCUGUGAACGGUCCCGAUCACCCUUCCCCUCCGGUCUUUGACCAGAUCGUUGACGGAACACUUUGGACCGUGGUCAACACCACCGUUGACUAUGCCAAUGGAAACUCUACGCUCUACGAAGGGAUGUUCUUGGCUCAGGGCAAGAACAUGAGCUUCUGUAUUGGGUCCAAUAAUUACACGGAUUCUGAUCCCUUCAUAUCUGCUUUGGAGUUUCUGAUUGUUGGAGGUUCUCUUUAUAACACCACGGAUUUCACCAAAUUUGGACUUAGCUUGGUUGCAAGGAGCAGUUUUGGAUAUUCAGGAUCACCAAUUCGAUAUCCUGAUGAUCAGUUCGACCGGAUAUGGGAGCCUUAUGGGCAGGGUAACUCUACCAAAGCAAACACUGACAAUGUUUCUGUUUCUGGAUUUUGGAACCUUCCUCCUCUUAAAAUAUUUGAGACACACAUAGGAUCUGAUCAGUUGGAAUCAUUGGAACUGAGAUGGCCUCCGGCAUCACUUCCGAGCUCCAAAUACUAUGUCGCCCUAUACUUUGCUGAUGACGCUGCAGGAUCAAGAAUCUUUAACAUAAGUGUGAAUGAUAUAACAUAUUUCCGUGACUUGAAUGCCAUUUCAUCAGGUGUUGUUGUCUUUGCCAACCAGUGGCCUCUUUCUGGUCCUACAACUGUAACUUUGACCCCUACUGCUAAUUCAUCCUUGGGCCCCUUAAUCAACGCUGGCGAAGUUUUUGAGGUGCUGUCUCUCGGGGAAAGAACUUUAACUCGAGACGUUAUUGCUUUGGAAAGGAUAAAAAAGAGCCUCCGAAAUCCUCCACUUGAUUGGAAUGGUGAUCCUUGUAUGCCUCAGCAGUACGCGUGGACUGGCAUCACAUGUUCCACGGGUCCCCGCAUUCGAGUAGUGACUUUAAAUUUGACAAGUAUGGAGCUUUCAGGAUCUUUGUCUCCUUUUGUUGCCAAUAUGACAGCUCUGACUAAUAUCUGGCUUGGAAAUAACAGUUUGUCAGGGCACAUUCCUGACCUAGGUUCACUAACACUGUUAGAAACAUUGCACUUGGAAGACAAUCAAUUCGACGGAGAGAUUCCUUCAUCCCUAGGGAACAUCAGCACUUUGCAUGAAAUAUUUCUGCAAAACAAUAAUUUGACAGGUCAAGUUCCAUCAAACCUUAUUGGAAAACCAGGGCUGAACCUCAGAACGUCUGGAAAUAACUUCUUAUCAACUGCAUCAGCGCCAGCACCAGUACCUUGAGGAAUUUGCUCAGUGCCUUCUGUGGUCAAGAUCAAUACUCUUGUGAAGAACUUUUGAUUCAUUUUGUCCUUAGGUUUCUAAUUUUUGUGGAAAUGAUUUGAUUUCGACUCCUCAAACUGAAGAUCAAACUUCAUUUCAGCCUUAUCUUGUAUUCUUCGAGCUAGAUUCUCAAUCCGGUUGAAAAUUCGAAUCUUACCUGAAAAUUGUAUCUUAAAUAUCCUUGUAUAGGAAUUAUUCAUUAUUUUAUUCAAUAUUUUUUUAAGGUUGUCCAUGAGAUGCCAGUUUCCCAUACUUUGUAUGUCAUUCUGGUUUGUAUUCUGCUAAUUGUAGGGUACAACUUAGGGAACGGAUACUUAAGACACCCUAAACAACAGUGUAUAUGCUAUUGUGAAAGUAAAAAAUAGAGCCUGAGAUAUAGUUGUCUGGCA